AUGACACAAAUUUUUAUGGGUUGCAAAGAUCCAGCCGCAGCGCUGUUGAACGCUGCGAAAACAGGGCAGGAAGGUCAUAUAUGGUUGCUGUUGACACGAAAUGAUGUCAGAAUGGAGGUGAUUGAUGAAUUUAGUCGGACACCGCUAUCAUGGGCCGCAUAUAACGGACAUGAGCGUAUUGCCAAGCUGCUUCUUGACAGAGGCACCAUAAUCGAGACACAAAACAAUUUUGACAGGACGCCGCUAUCAUAUGCCGCAGAGAACGGGCAUGAAGGUGUUUUCAAGCUGCUUCUUGACAGAGGCGCCGCAAUUGAAACGCUGGACAAGUUGGGCCGGACACCGCUAUCAUGGGCCGCAUAUAACGGGCACGAGGGUAUUCUCAAGCUGCUGCUUGAUAGAGGCGUCGCAAUCGAGACACAAGACAAGUCGGGCCGGACACCGCUAUCAUUGGCUGCAUUUAACAGACAUGAGGGUAUUCUCAAGCUGCUUCUCGAGAGAGACGCCGCAAUCGAAACGCUGGACAAGUUGGGCCGGACACCGCUAUCAUGGGCCGCAUAUAACGGGCAUGAAGGUAUUUUUAGGUUGCUGCUUGAUAGAGGCGCCGCAUUCGAGACACAAGACAAGUCGGGCCGGACACCGCUAUUAUUGGCCGCGGAGAAGGGGCGUGACGGUAUUGUCAAGCUGCUUAAUGCACUGAAAUUGAGGGGAAUAAAUGAGUAA